AGGUUAAAAACAGGGGUUGAGACAAUGGCAGAUGAUGGCAAGGCCGAGAGGGACCGGAUAUUCAAGCGGUUCGACGCCAACGGGGACGGCAAAAUCUCAUCCACCGAGCUGGGCGACGCGCUCAAGACCCUAGGCUCUGUCACCGGGGACGAGGUCAAGCGCAUGAUGGCCGAGAUCGACACCGAUGGCGAUGGCUUCAUUUCCCACAAGGAGUUCACCGACUUCGCACUGGCCAACCCGGGCUUGAUGAAGGAUGUUGCCAAGAUCUUCUAAUGAUCUCGCGACAUUUGAAAUCGACCCAUUUUCUAUCAUAACCACAUAAUUUGAGGAAUUUAAGCAUGAUCAUAUCCAAAAUUCCAUCACGGUUA